GUCUGCACCGAGACAAGCGUCACCAGAGUCCGGGAGCAGAGCAGGAGUUGGACCGAAUGGAGCCACCGACCCCGGCCUGAUCCUGCAGCAGAACCAAGGCAGGGCUGCCAGCAGGGCUACUGCUAGUGGUGGGUGACAAUGGACCUCGACACUGAGACCAGGAACAUUACCUCUUACCUCCCAGGCAGCUCCACCUCGGAGACCCAGAAACUGGCUCCACCCAGAGGCCCAGGAUGCAGCUGGCUGGUGGUGGUAGCAGCUGUAGCUGCUUCUUUGAGUGGCCUGAUGCUGGGUUAUGAAAUGGGCCUGACCUCCGGGGUCCUGCUGCAGCUGCGCGGACUCCUCUCCCUCUCCUGCCGGGAACAGGAACUGCUGGUCAGCUCCCACCUGCUCGGCGCUCUCCUCAUCUGCCUGGCCGGAGGUCCUGUGCUCGAUCGCUACGGCCGCCGCUGCUCCCUGCUGCUGAGCGCCGCCCUGGUGGUUGCAGGGACCAUUGUUGUCAUCGCCGUGCCUUCGCUCGUCGCUAUCACACUAGGCCGGGUGAUCGUCGGCAUGGGGACGGCGCUGUCUGGGACGGCAGCAUGUCUGUAUAUUGCAGAGAUCUCUCCGAGUGAGAGGAGGGGUCUGCUGGUGACACUGUAUGAGCUGAUGCUGGUUGUGGGCGUCAUGCUGGGAUUCAGCUGCUGUUACGCCUUCGCCACUCUGCCUCAUGGCUGGGCGUAUACGUUUGGACUAGUGAUCCCCCCCGCGCUGCUGCAAAUAUGUGCCCUCCUCUUCCUCCCGUGCAGUCCGCGCUUCCUUGUCACUCAGGGCAAAGUGGAGCAGGCCAGGGCAGUGCUGGUCCGAAUGAGGGGCGGGCUUAAGGAACACAUAGAGACGGAGCUCACAGACAUCCAAGCUGGACUAAAAGCCGAGUCAGAACACUGUUUCUGGGAGUUGUUCAGUUCCAAAUCCAACCUACGCUCCCGGCUGCUAAUGGGUGUAGCUUUAGUUUUCCUCCAGCAGGUCACGGGUCAGCCCAACAUCCUCUCCUACGCGUCCCCACUCCUCCGCAGCGUGGGCUUCAACAGUGACGCUGCAGCCACCUUGGCCUCCACAGGGUUCGGAGUGGUCAAAGUAGUGGCCACCAUCCCCGCUGUGCUGCUGGUCGACCGAUUGGGACCCAAGAGCUUUUUGUGCGCGGGUGCCAUCGCGAUGGGAAUUUCGCUGGCCGUGCUCGGGACACUGACGCUGCAAAGCCACACUCACCUCACCAGUCUGUGUAAAAGCCACCCGACACCAAACCUGACGCGCACCCCGUGGGAUUUAAACAGAACCUUGACAGACUUGGAAGACAUUGAGUUUUUCUCCACCAGCCUCCCCGGCCAGUGGAGCGGCGAGGAGGCGCAGAGGACUAACAGAGAGGAGGAUGGGAUUGGGAAGCUGGGAGGAGGGGGGACGGAAGUGGAAGUGUCUCCCUUGCUGAAGUGGGCAUCACUGAUCAGUUUGCUGGUGUAUGUGGCAGCUUUCUCCAUUAGCCUCGGGCCAAUGGUGUACGUGGUUCUCAGCGAGAUCUUCCCGAUGGGAGUCAGAGGCAGGGCAGUGUCCGUGGUGUCCGCAGUGAACUGGGCCACCAACCUGCUCAUCUCCAUGACCUUCCUCACCUUCACUGAAAAGAUCGGUGUUCCCAAUGUGAUGUUCUUCUACUCCGCCAUGAGCUUCGUUCUCCUGGUGUUUGUCAUCCUCUGCGUGCCUGAAACCAAAGGUCGCAGUCUGGAGGAGAUAUCUAAGGAACUGGCCAAGAAGAAGCCUUUCCAGGUGAACCUCUUUCGGCCGGGCCAGCCUAAGGAGAGUCUGAUAAGCGGCACCACGACGCCAGAAGUGCCGGCAAACAACUGAGACCUUUUACCAACUGUGGACCUCAGUCGAGCUGGAGCUUUGAGGAAAACAAACAUUCAAGUAGAGCUGUUCAGACAUGCACUGAACUCCGGACAUUUUAGAGACAUUUUCCAGAUGGGGUGUACGAGUCUGUUGCUCCGAAUAUUUCCGGAACUUUUCAGUUAAAUGUCUGGAAAGUGUCCGAGAGAUCCCACGUGAGAAUACAGCAGGAAAAUGUCCGGAUAAUCUGCAAGAGAUGCAAAACUGGAAGAAUACAAAUAUCUCAGGAUGAAAAAGAAGUGCCAUACAUGUCGAAGAUGCCAGUUUCAACUUGGAAAGACAAGAUUUUAGAGCUUUUAGACAAUAAAACGGAAGCAGGUGUAGAUGUGCUGUAAAUAAAAACAUGUGAUUUCUCUAUUCGAAUUUCUACAUCACGUCCCGCCUCCUGCACGUUCUAGCUAGACGCCAGCCCUCGUCUGAUUGUUCCGGACAGUUUCCUGUUUUCUGGACAUUUUCCAAACUUAAGCUCUAAAAAGAGCUGUAAUGUCUUGGUCAUAUACAGGUAGUAGCUUCAGAUAAGGAACAUUAACGAUGGUGUAAAUAACACAAACAGUACAGUAGGGAGUUAAAUAAUGGAAAAGUAGUUCAGGGUUAACACUUGCUUGUUAAAAAUCAAGAGAUAUAUUUGCACAUGGGAUUUUAUGAAUUAAUUACAAAAUUACCAAUGGCAUAAUCUUAAUAAAAAGUAAACUACAGGGAUUGAAUGUGAAAUUAUAUAAAAUAUUAUGUUUUUCUAUUCUUUACAUUACAUCUAUGCCAUUUGAAUAUACUUCAAUGCUGAAAGGGAUUUUCCACCUUAGGCUCACACCAUGUAUGUACCAGGAUGUAGUGACCUGAAAUGACAGUAGCGUGGGUGUGUGAGAAGUGCACGUUAGUCUCAGGAAGAGCUGUGUGUCUCAUUUACAUUUCAUGGGAACAAGCUAGUGAUAAUGAAUGAACACAACAGGCUCCACUGGUUUACUGUUGACUCCUCACAAACUAGAAAACUUUUGUUAUUGAUGCCAAAAUGAAACUUAUUUAAUCAACAAGUUGAAUGUCUUGCAGCGAGAAAAGAAUAAUGCACAUUUUAAUCUGUACUUUUGAAUGUCGAGAUGUAUUUAAAUCUGUCACGUUGACAAAACAUUUUAAAGAGUAUUCUGUUGAGACUUGUGAAUACAACCUCCAAUAAGGAAAAAUGGGAAAAUAACAAUUAAAGGACUUUGGAGAGA